AUGGCGAAGCACCGAUAUUCAAAAUUCUUCCCUUCACAAGUUCGCAAGGCCAUGUCCCUGUUUCCAGGGGAGGUCAUCUUGCAGGUGGACUUGAAAUACCCCAGUCUAGACCGCGCUGGUCAAAAAGAAGCAACCGAGUUUCGAGAUGGCGAGAAUGAAAGGAAUGCAAGAAUGGGUCAUGGAAUCGACAUCAACGAAUCACAAAAUGUGAAGGAGAGCUUGGAGAGUGGCGAAAUUGGAAACAUCCUUUGGCUGUGGUAG